UCUCUCCACUCUGCGCUCAGCAUUAUCAGAACUGCUGUGGUUGUAGGCAGGCUGACCAUCGCCUCUCAACAAGCUACUUGCCACUGAGGAGAAACUUCAAGAAGCUCCCUCACACAGCUUCCUUUCUCCCCCUCCCCCCCGUCUAAGGAUGUUGGAGCUCGGAGCGAGAUGGCUGAGGCUGAUCUACUUGUCCCUCCUGUGUCUGUGUCUGUGCCUGCCAAGGGAAUCAAACGCCAGGAGAGCUCCCAAGAUACCCCGCUGUCCUGCGACCUGCUCCUGUACCAAAGACAGUGCCUUCUGUGUGGAUACCAAAGCUAUCCCCAAGAGCUUCCCUCCUGGAAUCAUCUCUCUGACCAUGGUGAACGCAGCCUUCACUACUAUUCCAGAGGGAGCUUUCUCGCACCUUCACCUCCUGCAGUUCCUGCUCUUGAACUCCAACACAUUCACUACAGUUUCUGAUGAUGCCUUUGCUGGUCUGUCUCACCUGCAGUACCUGUUCAUUGAGAACAAUGACAUCCAGGCUCUCUCAAAGUAUACCUUUAGAGGACUCAAAUCCCUGACUCACCUAUCCCUAUCAAACAACAACCUGCAGCAGCUGCCUAGAGAUCUCUUCAAACACUUAGACAUCCUCACAGAUUUAGACCUGCGAGGGAACUCUUUCCGUUGUGACUGUAAAAUCAAGUGGCUGGUAGACUGGAUGGAGAAGACCAACACCUCAGUCCCUGCCAUCUACUGCGCCAGCCCCUUUGAAUUCCAGGGACGCAGAAUCCACGACCUCGUACCACGAGACUUCAGCUGCAUCAGCGCAGAUUUCGCUGUUUAUGAAACCUUCCCUUUCCACUCUGUGUCAGUGGAGUCCUAUGAGUUCAAUGGAGACCAUUUUGUGGCCUUUGCUCAGCCUGAUUCAGGGUUCUGCACCGUGUAUGUAUGGGAUCAUGUGGAGAUGGUCUUCAGAAGGUUUCACAACAUUACCUCUCGCUCGGCUGUGUACUGCAAACCAGUGGUGAUAAACAACACACUUUACAUGGUGGUGGCUCAACUUUUUGGUGGAUCGCAUAUCUACAAGUGGGAAGAGGACCCACAGCGCUUUGUAAAGAUCCAAGACAUAGACACCACUCGAGUGAGGAAGCCCAACUUUGUGGAGACCUUCCAGCUGGAUGAAGAAUGGUACUUUGUAGUAGCAGACAGCUCCAAGGCAGGCUCCACCAGCAUUUAUCGCUGGAACAGCAAUGGUUUCUACUCCCACCAGUCCCUCCAUCCCUGGCAUCGAGACACCCAUGUGGAGUUCCUUGAUGUCGCAGGAAAGCCUCACCUCAUCCUCUCCAGCGCCUCUCAACCGCCAGUGGUUUACCAGUGGAGCCGAAGCCAGAAGCAGUUUGCCUUCUUCUCCCAAAUCACAGAGCUGGCUGACGUGCAGAUGGUUAAGCACUUUUGGGUGAGGAAAGUUCUUUACCUGUGCCUCACACGCUUCAUUGGUGACUCCAAGAUCCUCCGUUGGGAAGGCCAGCGUUUCAUAGAGAUCCAGACUCUCCCGUCUCGGGGGUCAAUGGUAGUGUAUCCUUUCACAGUGGGCCUCCGCCAGUACCUCAUUCUUGGAAGUGAUUUCUCCUUCUCCAGAGUAUACUUGUGGGAUGAUCUCACUCAGCGCUUCCAGCCCUUCCAGGAGCUCAACAUGAGAGCCCCGCGGGCGUUCAGCUUGGUAUCCGUUGACAACAAGGACAUUCUGCUGGCUGCCAGCUUCAAAGGCAACACCCUGGCCUACCAGCACCUGGUGGUGGAUCUCAGUGCCAAGUAGACAUGUGACUGUCAGAGAGAAAGAAGGCGUCUCUGAGCAUAUAGCAACAUGUGCCAAAUAAAUGAAAGACUGCGAAAUGUUUAAGCCAUGUAACUAACGGUCUGCUGUUUCACCUGAUGUUUUAAGCGAGGCAACUCAUUUAAUUACUAAUCCCUUUUUAUGCACUAUCCCUCAACAUUGGAAUGAAAUGAUCAUAUACAGCAUCAGUAACAUGCCAACAUAAGCGUCAUGCCACUGUUGCAUCACUGCUUCUGUUCUGCCAGCCACAUGUCAAGGCCAAUUCUUUUUUUAAAGUAUUAUGUUGUAUAUUGUACUUUACUAAUGUGAAAAUGAUGUGCAUGUGCAUCUUCUGAAUUAUUCACUGGAUGAGACUGGACAUUAUAACUGACUGUAAAACUAUGAAGGUUUUGUAAGUUACACAGUGUAGUUUCUGUGUAGCAUUUUGCAUGACAAAUGAUAUAACCAUGUAAAACAAGCAAUACUUACCAUUGCAAUACUUUAAACCCUUCAUUAUGUUUAUCUUUAUAUAUGAGAUAUCCUUGAAUCUGGAUUGGAUUUAAUGUUUGUUCUGCAAUAACAACAUGGGGUCAGAGCCAGCCUGUGGCAUGAGCAAACUAAACAAGGGGCCCCAACAUUAACUGAAAACUUAAACCUACUGAAGUCCUGCUCUGUUUAUGUUCUUUCGAAUUUAAGUUUUUAAAGACAUAUUCCUUGAUUUUGUUAUGGUGACCAAAUCCCAAAAUGUUGUUUCGUGUCAUGACAAUGACAUUUUUUUUAGGAACGUGGCCAAAGAUUUUGGGGAUCUCACUAUAUUUGGGGACUAUAAUUGAUAACUAAUUUGGGAGGCAUUGUACAAAAUUUGGUGAUUUGUGGGAACCAUAACAAGAUCAGAGAAUUUAGAAGUUAUAAUUUUUUUAUGUACAGUCACAAACUGUAUUUAAUUAUUGCUGUGUAAAUUUGCACAUGGAAGAGUGUGUGGGAAGGGUGUAUAAUUAAAA